ACUAUCGAGUUGCUCAAGGAGCGGCGCGACAUGACGGUGCAGGAGAUCCGGCUGGUGCUGAUGAUCGAGGACCCGCGCGAGGCACAGCGGCGGCGGCAGAUGGGCAUCGAGAACGAGAGCGGGUGCUCCCGCGACGAGAUCGCUGACGCCUUCCGCGAGGUGUGUGAGGACCGCGUGCCGGCGGACCGCAUGGUGCUGCGCAAGCUGGCGCAGGACAUGCGCGACUGGCCGCGCCUGCGGGAGGAGCCAGGUGGCGAGGAGGCAGAGGGAUCACCCAGCGGGCAGCGCAAGUCGCUGUACGCGCAGAUCACGGACGUGGGGCUGUAG